AUGGUGGCGCAGUUCUGGGCAGAUGACACCGUGAAAUACCUCGUCCCGUGCCGUUUCCCAACGCCCUCAUCACAUCGCUGGCCCUCGCUGGCUCAUACAGCCUAUUUCUCUAUUCCUCUAGGAAAUUUAGGGGCCCCUGCCGCCCCUGCCGCCGCGGCUUCUGCUGCUGCGCAGCCAGUCUCGGUUGCUUGGACUCCAUUUGGGAGCUGGCUAUUACAGCCAUCCAGAUAUAGAGUCGUCUGGCCGUUCCCCCUCGUCCUCGCAACCAACAAUGGGCCCGCACCAGCUGGCAUGCCAGCUCCAGCUGUCGCCUGCCCUGCCUCGUGUGUGGCUGCAGCUGCCACUGUGACUGUGACCUCCCCGCCGGUUACAACAACAACGACAACAACACUUUCGGGACCGCUACCGACUGAAAUUGCAAAUGGAGGUGCAUUCAGCGCAGGAGGAAAUCUGCCUAAGCCAGAUCCAGUGUUUGAUGAACAAGGUAACUGGUCUUGUUGUAUCGGGCCAUUUUCCGGUGGUAGCGGUGUUGGCUGCACUUGA